CUCUCAUUGCCACAAGUUUUGAUCCUUUAUCCCCUACAAUUAGCACGUCAAUGGUAUGGUUGGGUUGCUUUGCUCCUGAUUGUUGUGAGAGUACCUAACGAACGAGUAGCGAUGGUGCACCAACUCUCAUGCUCUCUCCCCUCCUCUGUCUGCCACCCACAUCAAUUUUCUUCACCAAAGCAAUGGAAACAACUGCCACGUGGGCGCUGCUUCAUCCGCUCAACAAGAUCAAGGCCAACUCCCUUAAUUAUUCUGCAGGCCACGGAUCAGAAGCAGGAGCAAGGUCAGGCCAAGAAAGAGGAGAUCGUAGACGACAAAAUCUUACCAUACUGCAGCAUAAAUAAGAAAGAAGAGAAACGGACAUUAGGAGAGCUUGAGCAAGACUUUCUUGAAGCACUACAGUCCUUCUAUUUUGAAAAUAAACCAAUUAUGACCAACGAGGAAUUUGAUAAUCUGAAGGAGGAAUUGAUGUGGGAGGGGAGCAGCGUUGUUAUGCUGAGUAAAGAUGAGCAGAAGUUUAUGGAAGCUUCCCUUGCAUACAACGCAGGCAAGCCAAUCAUGACAGAUGCUCAAUACGAUGAACUGAAACUCAACCUUAAGAAAGCAGGCAGCAACGUAGCAAUAGAGGGUCCCAGAUGCAGUCUCCGAAGUAGAAAUGUUUACAGCGACUUGACCGUGGACUAUUUUAAAAUGUUCUUGCUGAAUGUGCCUGCUGCCAUUGUCGCUCUGACUUUGGUUUUUUUCUUGGAUGACCUUACAGGAUUUGAAAUUACAUACCUACUAGAGCUGCCUGAACCAUACAGUUUUAUUGUUACUUGGUUUUUAGUUCUACCAGCAACAUAUUUGAUAGCUCAGACAAUCACCAAUGUCAUUUUGAAAGACUUCCUUAUUUUAAAGGGGGCAUGUCCAAACUGUGCCAGAGAAAAUGUCUCCUUUUAUGGCACCAUAUUGACUGUGCCUAGUGGUGGUCCUGUGAACCAGGUUAAAUGUGAGAAUUGUGGCAAAAUGCUGUUGUAUAGCUCAGAAACUCGCUUGAUAACACUGGCCCCAAACAAGCAAGAAGGUUCCAAGACUUCGAAGACUAAGAGUACAACAACAAGUGCUUCAACAUCCUGAAAAGACAUUUUCUCAAAUAUAAUGGCACACAUUUUAUUUGCUAGUAUUAUGUCCUGGAAGAAAAGGGAGAGUGGAAAUUACUAAAAAUAUCCCCCAGUUUUCUGUGUAUUGUAAUGGCAUGUAAAUCAAUGUUAUAUGAACUUAUUGAUGCAUACUAAUCUGUAAUGUAUUCAAAUCUCUGAAUGAGAAUGUACAGAUGUAAAAUAAGAUUAAUUUUUAGUAUGCUCAUAAUGCAACCAAUUGCACUUUUAUCACUCAAAUUUUGAUG